AUGCUCAUCAGCCAGCUCACUGCCCUGCUGAGUGUCCUCUGGGGGACCCAAGCCUGUAGCCGGACCUCGGAGCUGCCCCCUCUGUUUAUGCCCCGGCAAACCCCACCAGAUGCCCCGGCACCCAUCCCAGAAGAGGCCGCCUUCCAGUCCCCUACUUUGACUGGGGGCUCUGCUGAUGGGGCUGAGGGGCUCGCCAAGGGGCACCGGCAGCACCCACCUCCCAGAAGUGCUCAGGUGUCCUCUGCUCCCACCAGAGCCCGCAGCAGCUGGGAGGCUUUCCUAGGACUGCAGUCCAGCAGGGUGUCCCAAGGGUCUUCUAGUCCCAUCCUGCGAGAGCCUGGCAAGCGUGGGCUUCUGAGAAAGCAGAUGCCCCUGAAAUGGGAAAGAGAAUCUGCCAUGCCUCUGCCCCUCACCCCUCAGGAUGUCACCAAGGAGAAGUGUCAGGCAAUACCCUUCACUCAGGUGGUCUCCUGGCCCGGCUGCAAAUCCAUAAAACUCCAGAACAAGUUCUGCUUUGGCCACUGCAGUUCCUUCUACAUCCCCAGCGCGACUCCCCUCAGCUCAGCCCAGCCCCAUCUGUGCAACAGCUGCAUGCCCGCCCGGAAACGCCGGGUUCCCGUGCUCCUGUGGUGUCAGACGGACGGCGCUGCUUUCCACAAGCAGGUGAAGGUGGCAGUCUCACUGGUAGAGGGCUGCCGAUGCUUCACACACAUUUAAGUGUGGGGUCUUGACCUCUCCAUCUCCCCCCCGCCCUUCCAAGUCAUGCUGCCUCCUCACACACGCACACUGGUCCUCGCUAUCCACCCUGUUCACCCCCACGCUCAAGUGAUGUCAGGGGUGGGGUUGGGUUGCCCACCAGCUCAUCCUUCAUAACUGCCAUCACUCCUGGAGCUGUCUCUCAGCUUGGAUCCCCUGCCUGCUGAAGGGCCCGUCUUUCCCUGAGGUGACACCGAGCUCCUCCUCAUAGACUCUGGUGACGAAAGGCCCAUCUUGCCUGACCCAUGUUUGACUCUGACAUGGGGGAGCUGGACUCUCAGGGAUAACCAGAAUCUAAGGGCAGGAAGGGCAUUCCCUCCUGGUCCCCAUAACCCCCUCCGCCCUACACCUGGGGGUCUGAGCCUUACCCCUCGGCCUUCUGGACUGUAUUUAGAUGAGAAGAAGGUGUCUCCAGUAUCACAGUCAGGCCCAUAAUUCUCCUGCUCCUUCCACUGGCUCAAUCCCAACCGGAGA